AGGAGUCCCACUCCAUGGCCUCCUACUCUGGGGAGCCGGGGCUCCUGUCCUGUGGGUCCUGUGACAUGGUUUUCCGCUCCGGGGCCCUGCUGGCCACGCACACUCAGCGCUUCUGCAUUGGCCGUCUGACCCAAGAGGUUGUGCCACAAGAACACCAGGGCCUCUCAGACCAAGAGGCCAGCAAAUUGGCUCUGAAGAAGCUAACGGAGGAGGUGCAGCGGCUGUGGCUUUAUCUACAGGAAAUGCGACCCUGGAUAACAGAGGUCCCCCGGAGAUCAGAAGGGCUCCGAAGGCGUUGUGAGGCGCCGACUCAGAGCCCCACCCACGAAGCUGCUGGAAGCCCAGCAGAGCGGCUUCGGGCGCUGCAAGGGACUCAUGCAAAGCGGUUGGUGGAGACGAAGGCACUGAGCCUUGCCCUGGAACGACGCAGCGAGGAACUGAGCCAACAACUCCAAGGUUUGGCCCAGACCCGGGGCGGAGUAUCACGCCUUAUCGGCCUGGAGCGGGAGCUUCGAGAACUCAGGGCAGAAGCUGGGCGAACACGGGGAGUUCUAGAGAUGCUAGGGGCGCAACUUCAGCAGCUACAGCCGGAGUCCGGGACCGGGCUCAACCCCUUGCGAGAGGCAGAACUCUGUUGUCCGGUACUACAGGCGAACUCAGGGACUCUGACUGCCGAGAUUGGAGCCCUGCGCGAGGCCUAUGUUCGAGGAGGGGGCCGGGACCCCGGCGUUCUGGGCCAGAUAUGUCAGUUGCAAGUGGAGGCCUCAGCACUGGAGCUGCGGCGGUCGCGGACUCGCAGGGGAAGAAGGGCAGAUGCGGCCGCCCUGGGUGAACUUCUAGUAGUGGAAGCUGAAAACCGGCGCCUGGAGGCAGAAAUCCUGGCCUUGCAGAUGCAGAGAGGCACAGGCCCUGCGUCCUGGGGGCCUAGGGAGCUUCGACCUGCGGCGAAUCCCAGGCCAAGCCUAAGGAGGGAAGAACCCCCACGCCUGCCACCCCGGGUGGCUCCCCCACUGCCACCGAUUCCACACCCCACAGGUCCGCAGCUUCCUGGAACCAUGACCAGAAACCUAGGCCUGGAUGCACACUUCCUUCUGCCUACUUCUGAUGUUCUGGGCCCUGCACCUUAUGACCCUGGGGCUGGCCUGGUCAUUUUCUAUGACUUCCUUCGGGGACUUGAGGCUUCUUGGAUUUGGGUGCAACUACUGACUGGUUUGACUCGAGAUGGACAGGAUACAGGAGGGGCCACAGCAUUGCCCCCAGCCCUUUGCUUGCCCCCAACUCCAGCUCCUGGGCCCAUGGGCAACUGUGCCAUCCUUGCCAGCAGGCAGCCUGUACCCAGACUGCCACCUUCACCAUCAGUAUCCUUGAUCUGUGAGCUACAGGCCUGGCAGCGGCUGGCAUGGGCUAGGACACCACAGCCAAAGGCUUGGACCUCACUGGUGUUAUUUGAUCAGGAGCAAAGGGUGUUAAGUGGACGUUGGCGUCUUCCACUUCGGGCCCUUCCUCUGAACUCCAGGCUUAGCCUUGGGCAGCUGAAUGGGAUUCCCCAGGUAGGUCAGGCUGAGCUCUUUCUGCGACUGGUUAAUGCAAGAGAUGCAGGUGUCCAGACACUGGCAGAGAUCAAUCCAGCAAGUGCCCAGGAAUACCAGUACCCACCUCUGAUGUCCAGCUCACCUUCACCGGAAGCCAGCUCCCUUGCCCCAAAAGCUGGCUUUGUUGAUCCCCCUCCUCCCACAGAAGAGCCCCUCAGAGUCAAGGAUUGAGAUGAGGGUUUGACCCUCCCCCCUCUGGCUUUGAGUCUAGGAAAAUAUGGGCAGAAGUAGCUUAACAUGCACAGAUGGAGGAUGUGAAGUUUGUUGCCAGGCCUGUAGUUUUACUAUUAUACCUUCUGAGGGUCUAGGAGCAGGUAGCAGAUAAAAGCUCAAGAUAUGAGCUUCAACAGCUUUACCACCUUUCACAAAUACUCGUUUUCCUUUUGUAAAAAAGUUAUUUGCAAUAUUGCCUGGCAUCUAAAUCCUUUCAAAGAUAAGCAAGGGUAGUCUUUAAUUCAUUAAAGGAAUUUGAUAAACUUA